AUGGAUCAUGCACGAUUCCUGUCCACGGCCGCGACGCUUCCAGACGACGUUCUUUCCGAGAUCUUUGAACACUGUCUUCCACAGUUACCCUCCUCUCACCCCUGUAUCAGCAUCUCUCAAGUAUGCAAGGCUUGGAGAAGGGUUGCUUUGAGGACACCACGUCUCUGGACUAUGUAUAACGGCGUGCUCUCAAAGAACCGUAUACCGUGGAAGCUGUUCGGACGCUCGGGGAACUUCCCUGUUUACAUCUCCAUGAACUUUAAUCUCACAUUCACAUUCCCCCAUGUCCCUUCCACUCAUGACCUCGAUCACUCCUCUCUACACAAAGUGAAGGGAGUCGACAUCCACGGCUCGCUCAAUCUUGGGUGGAUCACCUCCUGGUUAUCGCACUUCCCCAACCUUCGGCGACUCAGUCUGAUGGGAGUACAAGUCACUUACGCUUUCAUGACCCUCAUGACCUACAUUGAAACCAACCUACAGCAACUAUCACAUUUACACAUUAUAUGCACAGGCUGGAAUGGGACUACAGGACUUCUCCAGCUUCGGGUAUGGGCUGAUCUUGCCGUCCUCACCCUCGAGCGCGGUAAAGAAAUCGAUCCUCUACAGCUCUUUGUCAACUUCCCGAAUCUUGUUGAAUGCUCUCUCUUAUCAUUUACACAUAUAAAGAGGGUCCAGGGCGAGUCGGAAUUGAGGCUAACAAACACCAAGCUUCGGUCGCUCAGUAUCUUGGUCGACGAAACCGCAACGAUCAAGGAUUUCUUUGACAAGACUACCGUUUCCUCCCUUUCCACCCUCGCGUUCAACGUCGAGUGGUCUGUCAAGACCAAGACCGACGUCGACUUUCUCGAUCCGUUCAUAAGCCGGUCUCAGUGCAAAAUCUCAAGCCUCACAUUGCUCUCCGCUACCAACGUAUCUCCAAUCCAGACGGAGUCCGCCAAUCGCAUUGGCACACGUUGGUCGAUCCCACACGUUGUAUUCCAUCGAGGACCUUUUGAAACGACUGAUGUAUACCGAGACAGCAAGGAUAGAUGGUAUAGCUAA